AUGAUGCUUCCAGCAAGCCAGAUCCUGGUGCCGCUGCUGCUGCAAGAUUUCGACAUCAACUGGAAGCCGUCGAGUCCGCCGAACAAGCGCGCGAGGCUGCGCGAGUUCAAGCACUGCAUUCCCCACGACGGGCACGAGUGGCUCAAGUACGGCCAGAAGGACAUCUCAGGCGGCCGCUUCUCACGGCAUUAUUUCCGCUGCAGCCACUCCGACAACGGCGGACGCCGCUGCCCUGCGCGCCGAGUGGUCGACGUGCACACGCUUUUCGGCCAGCCUGGCGCCUCUGACAUUGCUCCACGUGUCAUCUACUCGGGCAAGCACAACCACGCGCAGCCUGCCUCUCGCACCCCCUCCGAGAACGAGUCUCUGUUAACGAAUCCCACAUUCCCUACAGAGCGCGCCAAUCUCACUGCUACUGGUAGUAUGCGGGAGCAGCUUGCAAUCACAGGUCACAUGUUCCCGCUCCCGCGUGCACAGCUGCAGCAUUCUCCAUGCUCUGAGAAGCGGCAGCACCAUGCGACCACACUCGACCUAUCUGUGAUUUGCAGCGGCUUGGCGAAGGAAGAUGGCGAGAGGUGUGACAACUCGUGCCCGCUCACACCCACCACGCCCAGCUCGCCACCACCGCUGUCCCCGCCACUGUCCGCCCCGCUGUCUCCGCAGUCGUCCCCAGCGCCUUCCACGCCGGUUUCCCCGCGGACUCCCCUUUGGCUCUGGGCGGUAUCAUCCAGCAGUGUGAUCCCGCCAUCACCAGGAGCAGCGGCGGAGGAGGCUGAGCAGGAAACUGGGGAGCUGCAUACGGGCUUGGCUAACGGAAAACGAAAGUGGUCAAUGCUGGUGAACGAGGCUGCUGCUGAUGACAUGUCACGAGCAGAUGUCAACUUGAAAGGGUGUCAAGGAUUCCAAGUUUCUGAAGUCAGCCUGGGUUUGAAUCAUGGGAUUCUGCUGCCAAGCGAAGAUCUUGAUACAAAUUCGAAGACUCCGUCGGAGCCUUUGGAUCAUGGGGUGCUGCUGACAGCUGCGGAUUGGGCUAGCGCGAGCAACAACUUUGACACGUUUGAUCUGAGCCCGUUACAAGGUGCUCCGAUUGGGACAGCAUGUCCAAACGGAGCUCCUGCUGCUCUUCCCAAAUCGGGUGCUCUGCAGCAGGCGGAUGCGUUUCAGCCAAGGGCUCGUGUGAUCGAACCUCCUCAGAUUUGGCCAAUCACGGUGGAGGAGUUGCUCCUUCAGCUGGCAGGGAGGGGUUGGUGA